GUUUCAUCUCUUUCUGCUCAUGUACUUGUUCUUGUCCAAAAUAAAAAGAAGAGUCAGGCCCACAGCUUUAUAUCUUCUUUUUGAUACAACCCCUUUGGGUAUUGCUGGAUCCCUUGGACCUCCGCAUAAGUUCAACAAAGAUACUUUUGGUGCCUUGCUAGCUUCCAAGCUUCCAAUUGCAUAAACUGCCUCGACCGUCAUAAUGUCUACCAAUACCACCGCACAUAUCAACGGCCAGGAUGAGAGCGUCGGUUCCUCGCGGGGCAAGGCUCCCGACGGCGGCGAGACCCAGAUUGGCUUCAGGCCACAGACCAACAUGACCGUGCAGCCUCCUCGACAGGAGGACUUGCAGAAGAGCUAUGCUAGCAUUGUUGGAGACGAAGCCAACCCCAAGGGCUGGUAUGGUACAAUGGUUAACACCAUCGGCUCUUUAAUCGGAACUAUGGGUGCCUUUCCGUGCUGCAUCUGCUGCCCCAACCCGUACAAGAACGUGGAGCAGGGUAACGUCGGCCUCGUCACCAAGUUCGGUCGUUUCUACAAGGCCGUCGACCCAGGCCUGGUCAAGAUCAACCCCCUAUCGGAGCGCCUGGUCCAGGUCGACGUCAAGAUCCAGAUCGUCGAGGUCCCCAAGCAGGUCUGCAUGACCAAGGACAACGUGACACUGCACCUGACGUCUGUCAUCUACUACCACAUUGUCUCGCCCCACAAGGCCGCCUUUGGCAUCACAAACGUCCGCCAGGCCCUCAUCGAGCGCACCCAGACCACUCUCCGUCACGUCGUCGGCGCCCGCGUCCUCCAGGACGUCAUUGAGCGCCGUGAGGAAAUUGCCCAGAGCAUCGGUGAGAUCAUUGAGGACGUUGCCGCCGGCUGGGGUGUCCAGGUUGAGAGCAUGUUGAUCAAGGACAUCAUCUUCAGCCAGGAGCUUCAGGAGUCACUCUCAAUGGCCGCCCAGAGCAAGCGCAUAGGCGAGAGCAAGAUAAUAGCCGCCAAAGCCGAGGUUGAAUCGGCGCGCUUGAUGCGUCAAGCGGCUGAUGUAUUGGCUAGCGGUCCGGCGAUGCAAAUAAGAUAUCUUGAAGCCAUGCAGGCGAUGGCCAAGAGUGCGAACAGCAAAGUUAUUUUCCUUCCCGCGACGAACCAAACUAUUCCCGACAUGGGCCCUAGCCUGAACCCUAACCCUAACACUAAUCCCAAUGGUGAGGGUGGCAGCAACCCCUUCCACGUUGGUGAUUCUCAGGACCCUGGUUACCAGCAGGCACUGCAUGCGCGCAUGGUCGAGAACAUUUAAUUGCUUUUCUUUUUUUUUACCCACUCGCUUCUUCUCUCCUUUACCCGAGCGACAGGCUCAUCGUUUUUGCGCUUUGCACUGCUGAUCCCGACACCAAUACCCCUGAGAGUUUAUGAGUUUGUUUUCUUUUUUUCUUUGCUUUGAUGAAAUUGUUUUCUAAGACAUCUAUCAACGUAUUUACGGGGAGGGGGCUUGUGGCAAUAUGAUACCCAGAUACCCCUUGGCAGGCAGAGGCGAAGUCGACAGGAAGGGUACGAAGUAAUCGGUCUUAAUCGGUUGAAGAACAUGAGCUGAGGAUACCCGUAUUCAGUCACUUGAUCUAGUUUCUAGUUCUAGUAUAUGUUGAAUUCCAAGUUCUUGUGAUAGCAAUGGAACAAGUGGUGUAAUAUCUUGCAGUGCAGACAUCCCCAAAUGUUACAAUUUAA